CCGGCAGUGUGCCCUGACCUCUAGUCAAGCCUGGCAAAUGUUCCGAUUCAGCGAUCUAUUGCAUUUUAAAUAGGUAUUAUCGGGCCAGACUUUUGUCCAAUGGCGUCCUGGCGUCGACGGUCUGCUGCGCUUGGAUUGUGGCUCACGCGGUCCAAGCGAUGCCGAAGCUAACGGCAACGGCCGCUUCAUUUUGGCGGCAGGACGUCAUUUGGCAGCACGAUCGAGGCCCGCGGGGGUUAGAUGUAAAACAAAGCUGAACAUAUGUUUUAAACCCCGCAUAUCUUGUGUCUCCACAUUGCAAACUAAAACAUGCCAGAAACACCCUGCAUGUCAGGCAGCACUUGUGAAGAACGAAACGUUUGCGGUCCAAUUCAUCUGGAGGUGAGAAUGGAUACUAACAAGGAGAUCGGUCUUCUGAUUGAAGAGAUUCGUCGUCUUGGAUCUCCAGGACCAGAUGGUAAAAUCAGGGUGAAGUUUGGAGUGCUGUUCAGCGAUGAUAGAUGUGCCAAUCUAUUCGAGGCUCUGGUGGGAACUCUGAAAGCAGCGAAAAAGAAGAAAAUUGUCAGCUUCACUGAAGAACUGCUACUACAAGGGGUUCAUGACAAUGCUGAAAUUGUUUUAGUAGAGGAUUGAUGACAGGAACAAAGACAAGGGUGCAGCAGCAAUAUUGCCAAUGUUUCGAGCCUUUGGGCGAAGAUGGUGAUACCAUUGUAACCAGUGCUCUGGAAACACACAAUAGAUUUUUUUAUAUAUGCCAUUUGUAGUAAGAUUGACAUUUUGGAUUUCUAAUUGUAAUUGGAUUGUUUGAAAUGUAGAAACCAUGCAAUAAAGUAAAACAUCUAUC